GAUUAGAUCAAAGGAGUCAAAUUUUUACGUUAAUGGACUUUUCCAUUAUUAGACGUAACACUGCUGAUGAUGUAAUAAUUGGAAGAAGUCACACUCGCUGUGCUUCACAUUUCAGCGCGUUCCCGCGCAGAUGUCUGUACGAGAGAUUUGCUUCGGCAAUCUUUCGUUCUUCUCUAAAUGCCAGAGGAAGUCAAACAAAUAGAGUGGCAGCAUAUUGACAAGUUUAAAUACUACACUUACGGAAGUGUUUUCUUCGUUGGUGUAAAUACUCUUUUAUACCCAGCAGACGUGAUAAAAACUCGACUGCAAGUGCAGCGGACAAAUGCUCUCUACAGAGGAACACUUGAUGCUGUUUUUAAAACCUUUAGAUCGGAAGGACUUAAGGGGUUUUACAAAGGAUUCCUGGUGAACCAAAUGAGUAUUUUAACUGGGCAUUUCUACGUGACAAGCUACGAAGUUUCACGAUCGCAAAUGUCUUUCUUUGGUGAUGGCACUCGAGGAUUUGUAGCCGGCGGGGUCGCGGCGCUGAUGGAGCAGUUUUUAGCCAAUCCAAUCGAAGUGAUUUCUCAAAAGCUUAUGAUUCAAGGACAAGGAGAAAGCAAUACAAAACUUAAGGGAGCUCUGCACAUCUCUGCAGACGUGUUCAGAGACCACGGUAUGAGUGGGUUCUACCGCGGAUUUGUCCUCUCGUUCCUGACCGGGGCAUUGUGGAGCGCUGUCUGGUGGGGCUCUUAUGGUGUAUACAUAGACGUAAUUGGGGAUCACGCCCCACAUGGUACAUCUCAUCUUCUAAUUCAAAGCGUUGCUGGUGGACUUUCAGGGUUGAAUGCAGCCGUCAUUGGGAAUCCUUUUGAUAUUGUAAAAACAAGACUGCAGGUUGAAGGUGGAAAAUCAAUGACCAGAUCUUUUCAAGAACUACUCAAGAAAGAAGGACCAAAGUCAUUGACAAAAGGAAUGCUUGCUAGUAUAUUGUCUUGGGUUCCCUCAAGUGUUAUCAUGAUAGCUGCAUAUGAAACUGUCAAGAAAUUCAGCCUAAAAGAGCAAUCAAUUGACUUGUUUAGGUAAUGAGUAUAUGACACAGAAUGUCCAACAACUACUUGCAUCAUUAAAGCAAGGGUAGACACAGGGUGUGAGGAGAAUCCUGGGGUUUAAUUUCGUGCUUGUCUUCUAGGGUGUAGGAUCCCCUUGAGUACUCCUGCUAUGUUUUAUUCUAACAAUUUUACCCUCAGUUUUUUCAUACAGAUCAACCUUUGCUGCACCCUCCACAUGGAAGUGUCACACUGUAACAAUAACAAAGAAGAUAUAUUUCAACUUUGCAUCUACUACUUGAGAGAUGUAUAGUGCCCUUGAUUUGCACCACAGUCCUUGCCUUGCAAAUUUAUUGUUAAAGAAAGGG